UCUAGAAAAACCUACUUGCAAGACGUUGAGAUUCCUAAGAACACUAGAGCAGCGCAAAAUCAACACCGGAAGAAAUGGGAGUAGAGAAGGAGGUUCUCAGGGCUGGCACCGGUCUCAAACCGGUAACCGGUCAGAAUGUCACCGUUCACUGCACUGGUUAUGGGAAAAAUAGGGACCUCUCUCAGAAGUUCUGGAGCACCAAGGAUCCCGGGCAACAACCAUUUUCAUUUAACGUUGGCAAGGGAAAUGUGAUCAAAGGAUGGGAUGAAGGCGUACUGGGAAUGCAAGUGGGUGAAGUCGCUCGUCUAACAUGCACUCCAGAUUAUGCUUAUGGCACUGGCGGAUUUCCUGCUUGGGGAAUACAGCCUAACUCCACCUUGGUGUUUGAGAUCGAAGUGUUAAACGCUCAGUAAAUUAGCUGCUUACAUUUUCGUUAAAUCUUUUUCACAAGAACAAGAAUAAAUGUAGAACUAUAUGUGCUGUUGAAUGUCAGAACAGCGGCUACUGUAAUAUUUAUCUUUGUGCAACAAAAAAACUUCUACAAUUUCACAUUUAGGUAUUUGACCAAGGGGAAUCUGCAUCCGGUUGAAUUUCUAUUCAA